GUCACGGAUGUCAUAGUUCUCAAUGAGACACGAGGCACACCGGAUGCUCUCAUUGUUAGUCACCUACCUUUUGGGCCUACAGCCAAGUUCACCCUUUUUAAUGUAUUGCCUCGUCACGAUAUGGAGGCUUUAGGCAGAGGCACUGGAGCCAAAAUGCCACAGGCUUUCCCGCAACUUCUCUUCCAUGGCUUGACUACUCCCCUUGGCCAAAGAGUGCGCUCUAUUCUUAAAUACCUCUUUCCUGUUCCCCGAGAGGAUAGCAAGCGCGUGAUAACUUUGUUCGAAGAAGGGGAUGCUAUUCGAUUCAGGUAA